AUGCAAUGGGGAGGCAGAACCCACUUCCUUCUGGCAGUCGUCCGCAGAAUCGUUGAGGUUCAGGAGCUACCAGCAGUUUUCGUAACCUUCACGGCCUGGAGCAUGAUUGAUGCUAUCAGGUAUCCACAUUAUGCUCUGAACAUCAUAGGCAGUUGUCCAUCAUGGGUUGUUUACAUCAGGUAUACUGCGUUCAUCGUCUUGUACCCUAUUGGAUUUCUUGGCGAAUUGUCGCUCAUGUGGCAGUCGCUUCCAUUUGUCAAGAUGAAUCAUCUCUAUGCAAACUUCUUUGCUGCUCUUCCCUUCAGUUAUUACAACUUUCUGUGGGUUGUAAUCCUAAGCUACCCCUUCCUCUGGCUCAAUCUCUACCUCUAUAUGCUGAAACAACGAAGAUCAAAGCUGGGGAACCAGAACAUCACCGAGAAGAAAAAACUAAUCUAG